UGGCUUGCGUGCUGUCAGAGACUCAUGUCCGCAGUUCUGAGAAGCAGGCGAAGCUGCUUGUGAAAGGGCACUGCCGCUUCCUCAUUCUGCUCUCUGUUUCCUCCCGACGUGGCACAAAUAAAUAGGAAGCGCCUAAGGCUCACUGCUGCCUGGAGGCUCCCGAAGGAGGCUGCCUGGACCCAAUGCAGAGGCAGGCAGCAACACAGAACCCCAGGACAAUGAGGACGCCACCCUGCUCAUAGCUACAGCCGCCCUGGGCAGCCACCUGAAGUCCCAGAAUGGAGCAGCAGAUGUCACUGGCCUGGGGAUUGCUCUACAUGACCCUGCUGGCUCUCUGCUGGAGACCUGGUGUGACAGAGGCACAAGAAACUGUCCCUCUGCAGACUCUGCAGUGCUACAAUGACUACACCAGACGCAUCAUCUGCAGCUGGGCGGACACGGAAGAGGCCCAGGGCCUCAUUAACUUGACGCUCUACCACAAGCUAGAAAAGGACUCUCCAGUGUCCUGCGACCUCAGUGAGGACCUGUUGUGGAGAAAGUGUCCCUCCCCCCACCGAUGUGUGCCCAGAAGGUGUGUCAUCCCCUACACACGGUUCAGCAUUGCAGAUGAAGACUUCUACUCUUUCCAGCCAGAUCGGGAUGUGGGCGUCCAGCUCGUGGUUCCAUUGGCCCAGCAUGUGCAGCCCCCGCCUCCCAAGGACAUCAACAUCAGUCCCUCUGGGGACCACUUCCUGCUGAAGUGGAGCGUGCCCCUUGGGGAUGCCCGGGGGUCCUGGCUGUCACAAGAGGACUUAGAGUUUGAGGUGUCUUACAAGCGUCUUCAGGACUCCUGGGAGGAUGCACCCAGCCUCCACACCAGCAACUUGUGGGCCACUCUGGAGCCAAAGCUGCUCCUACCCAGCAACACCUAUGUGGCCCGUGUGCGCACUCGGCUGUCCCCAGGCUCAGCCUUGACUGGGAGGCCCAGCAGAUGGAGCCCAGAGGUGCAGUGGGACUCCCAGCCAGGGGACAAGGCCCAGCCUCAGAACCUACAGUGCUUCUUCGAUGGCAUCCAGUCCCUCAACUGCUCCUGGGAGGUGAGGACCCAGAUGACAACCUCUGUUUCCUUUGGGCUCUUCUACAGCUCCAGCCCAGCUGCUCCGGAGGAGGAAUGCUCGCCGGUGGUGAAGGAGCUGCAGGAUAGCGUCUGCACCCGCUACCACUGCAGUCUGACUGUGCCCAACCCCAGCUCGCACAGUCAGUACACAGUCUCUGUUCAGCUGCGGAAACAGGGGAAGCUCAUCAGGAGCUCUUCACACAUCCAGAUGGAGCCUCCAAUUCUCAAUGUGACCAAGGAUGGAGACAGCUACAAACUGUAUUGGGAAACUAAAAACAUGCCCUCUCACAAUGUGGAGCACAAAUUCCAUGUGCAGUACAAGAGGGAAUUGGAUAGCUGGAAGGCCAGCAAGACAGAGAUCCUAGAUCGUGCCCACAGCAUGGUGCUGCCACAGCUGGAGCCAUCCUGCACCUACGUGGCGAGGGUGAGGGUCAAGACCCGCCCUAACUACGAUGGGAUCUGGAGUAAUUGGAGCAAAGAGCACACCUGGACCACCGAUUGGGUGAUGCCCACGUGGGGGAUGGUCAUCAUCCUGGUGCUCCUCAUCCUCAUCUUGCUCCUGGCCUUCCGCUGUGGCUGUGCCUACGGGUACAGGCUGUACAGGAAGUGGAAAGAGAAAAUCCCCAACCCCAGCAAGAGCUUCCUGUUCCAGGACGGAGGUAAAGGACUCUGGUCUCCCGGCAGCAUGGCAGCCUUUGCCACCAUGAGCCUUACUCUCCAGGGGCCACGGAGCAACCUUUUCGCUGAGACACAGGGGGUGCCAUGUGCACAUUUGGGGGACAAUGAAGUGUCACCUCUCACCAUAGAGGACCCUAAAAUUGUCCAAGAUCCACCACCCGGGCCUGACACAACUCCAGCUGCCUCACCUGAACUCGUGGAGCAGACUUCCGAUGCCCCGCGAGACCCGCCAACCCCUUCUGGCAGACCUGAGGACCAGACACCCAGCUUUGACUUCAAUGGUCCCUACCUGGGGCCUCUCCAGACCCACUCCCUGCCUGAUCUCCCAGGCCAGCUGGUGAACCCCCAGACGGGUGGGAGCCCCAAGCCAGCACUGCCAGGCUCCCUGGAGUACCUGUGCCUGCCCCCUGGGGGACAAGUGCAGCUGGUCCCACUGUCCCAGGCCCUGGGCCGGGGCCAGGAUGUGGAUGUGGAAUGUGAAUCUAGUCUGGGGGCCACGGAGAGCCCCUCCACGGAACCGAGGGACAGCCCUUCACUUGAGCUGACGGUGGGAGGACAGGGGCCAAAGGACAAUCCAGUGACUCUGCCCAUAGGCUCUGGGGACCCUGAGGACCCUGUGGUGGCCUCCGGUUAUGUCACUCCUGCAGAUCUGGUGCUCACCCUGCCCACAGGGCCCCUGCCUAUCUCUCUGUGCUCCCCUCGAGGGCUCCCCUCAGCCCAGGGUCCCUGUCUCUGUCUCAAGCUGCCUGGGGUCCCUCCUGGAAGCCCAGCUCUUCCAGCAUCAGAAGUUGAUGACUAUGUGGAGCUCCCUCCAAGCAUGAGCCAGCCCCGCAAGUCCCCCCUGGGCAGUCCUGUCCCUCCUGUGCCCAGCAGCCCCACAGUGAGCCCAGGAGAGCAGAGGGAGGAGGUAUCCCCAGGGUCCCCACACCCCGAAGGUCUCCUUGUUCUUCAGCAGGUGGGGGACUACUGCUUCCUCCCCGGCCUGGGGCCUGGCUCCCUCUCUCCACAUAGCAAACCACCUUCUCCAGGCCUGUGUCCUGAGAUUGUGGGUCUAGACCAGGAUCUGUCUGUCAAGAAGCCUCCUUGCCAGCCCAUGCCCCAGGUACCAGUCAUUCAGUUUUUUAAGUCCCUGAAGCAUCAGGACUACCUGUCACUCCCUGCUUGGGACAGCAACCAGCCUGGGAAGGUAUGCUGAGGGCACUGCGUCCCAGUCUCAACAGCAGCCCUGCACCUCAGCCUGUGAACCUCACAUCUCCACAGAAGUCCAGAGGCUCCCUGGAUGGGAUGCAGUCUUCUCUGCUCUCAGCCCUGACCUGCAGCAAUAGCCUUCCCCCACUCUGGUUUCCUGGCUUUUGUAGGAUCUCACCUCCCUCCCUCUGCCUUGUUGCAGAAAGGAUGGGGCCAGAGAGGCCUCUGAGGAUGAGACCUGCAUAGUUUAGAAAUUACAGUACCUGUGUGUGUGUGUGUGUGUGUGUGUGUGUGUGUGUGUGUGUGUGUGUUUGUGUGUGUAUUGGAAUGCUAUGGGAGGGGAUAUUUGUUCACUCCCCCAAUUGCAUUUUCAUGAAGACAUACUCCAUAGGCCGGGGACUUUUGGUUUUUGUGACUGAUGUUGAUGAUUCCAGUCUGGGUGUAGCACUUUAAGAAUCCUUAAUGUUUCCAUGCGGAGAAAACAAGAUUGUGGAGACAGUCAUCAGUGCAGCAGCUGAAGGCAGAAUGAACAAGCAGAGAGCAGAGCCAGACAGCUGUGAGCCUGCUCUGUGACAUUGUAGUGGUUAGCAUGGGUCAUAUCACAAAAGUGAAAUGGCAGAGUGCACCCCAAAGUCACACUCUGUCACCAGGAGGCAGUGGUGUAUCCAUAUAUACUUGUCAAAUGUGUCACUGUUGCCGUGCUGGAGAACUUAUGGCCUCCCAGUGCACAUUGUUGCUAAACCUCCUGGUGGCAUCAGAGGAGGCAUUGGUCAGGUGUGAUGAGGUCAGCAAGGAUGGGUGCCCUUACAAAGGAGACCCGAAGAGAUCCCCUGACCCUUUCUGCCACAAGAUGAAACAGUAAGAAGGAUCUGCUUUUGUUUCUGGAGGUAGGAUCUUGUUAUAUAUUUCAGGAUUGCAUGAAACUCAUUGUAUAGCUCUAAUUGGUCUUGAAUUCACUGUAUAACCUCAAACUCUUGGCAAUUCUCUUGCCCUAGCUUUUCUAGUACUGGGAUUACAGGCACUUGCUACCACAUCUACCUCUAAUGGCAUCUUAUGGAGUCUUUCCCAGUCUCCAGAAUCGCAAAGAACAAUCUACUGCUUCUAAGGCCUUCAAAUUGUUUUGAUUUAGUCACAGCAGCUCAAAGGGACCGAGAUAACCACCGUGCAUGCUGCUGGUAUUGGGGAGGCUAUGGGGGCCAUGGAUACGCUAUAGACCUAUGUUUGUGACUAACUCUUAAAAAAUAAAGUCCACUUAAAAAGGUA